GUGACAGCUCGUGCAGGUGAAACGCAGCUCUCUUGUUUUUUGGUCUUCUCGUUGAAAUGUGUGUGUGAAGCCUCCUCACGUUGCUGUUGUUAGCUAACGAGUCAUAUUCUAAUGCGACCAGUCUUAGGCCACAAACUACACAAUUUAAGGUUGUUAUGCGCUUUGGCUGAUUAUAACAAAACACGUGACAUUAUCACAGACUUCUGACAAGUCGACAGCGUCUUGGCUUCACUUCGGGAUAUACUUGACAGUGGAAGAAACUAUUAUGUCUCUAAUAUUUCGACUGCCCCUUUGACAUCUAGUCCCUACCCUCGUCUAAUAAACAUCAUGUAACGGAGUAGGUCUUACACAGUCAACAGCACAUUGAAGUGGACAUUGUGUUGUUCGGGGUGGAUUAACCUGUUGUCCAGAGGUUGUUUGUAACGGGCUCAGUAAACUACGUGAGGAUUAACAGGUGUGAUGUGGCUCUGGCAUGUAUAAUCUCCAUAUCCCUUCCUGACGGUGUCAACCCAGACAGUAACGCCGUGGAGGGUGCCAUGGCUGAGGUGAUGGGACAGAGGAGCUUGCUGGGCUUUGGUGUGGUGUUGGCAUGGCUGGUUCUGUUCCACCUGCUGGUCAACAUCUGGCUGCUUUGUUUGUUCACCAGCCUGCUGGUGGUGCUCGGUGGCUGGCUUGGGUCGCAGGCAGUCCUAGAUUCCAACAGUGUGGUUCAUCUGGAGAGGUUUAUCACACUGGAGCAGGUUCCACCCUCCGUGGAGGCUGAUCAACACUUGGACCAAGAGAUCCACAAGACAGUGAGGAAAAUCAUCAGGGACUUUGUCACCUCCUGGUACUGCACGGUGUCCUCUGAGACUGGUUUUGAGACAGAAGUUAAAGAGGCCAUGAUCUGUAUGGCCAUGGAACUGAAAACGCGUGCAAGACAUGUCGACAGGAAGGAGCUGACCCAGAGGAUCCUUGAUCUGUUUGGCUGCCACCUGCAGGACUACAUCAGAGCUAAGGAGCUGGUGACCGAGCAGCAGAUGACCAUGAGUCGUGAGAGCGAGCGGUUGUGGAAAGCUUAUUCCAGUCUUACCACACCUCAUCUUGCCAUGACCAGUGACAGAGUGGAGCUAAACUACACCAGAGCAUUUGUAGAUUUGUUAUUGCAUGUUUUGGUGCCAUUGCCGCACUUGGAGUCCCGAACUGGACGGUUUGUUGUUGGAGAGCUCAUCACCUGCAAUGUUCUUCUCCCUCUUAUUGCAAAACUGUCUGACCCUGACUGGUUAAACAUCCUUAUAAUUGAAAUAUUUGGGAGGUCCAGCAAACCCCAGGAACGCAUUGCGACAGAGCCACUGACUCCAUCACCACCAACAGAUGAAUCUGAUCUCCCUGCAUUACAAGAGAUUGCACAGGUUCCUCAAAGGAAUACUGAAAUUCCUCAAGCAGGAGCACAGACUGAAAUUGUCCCUGAGGCAGAGAUGGCUGAGCUUGCUGCCUAUGACGUCUUUGACUCAGAGGAGGUGGACUGUCCACAGAAUAACACUGAAGAAGAAGAAAGUCCUCCACCCUUUCUAGAGCAUUUCAUGAGAGGAAGCAAGUCAAAUCCAUUUUACCAGGAAAAUGACUCGGACCUUGAUUCUCCUUUGGCUGAAUAUAAACAGAGUCCCACCGAUUCACUGGUCAUGAUAGGCCAAGAGGAGGCUCUGGAUGACAGAUGCAAAGAGUUUACCACAUCUGUUGAAAAUAACAUUGGUGUGGACUUGGAGGAUGUUUGUCCCUGUCCAUUGGAUGUGAAUUCAGAAAAUCCAAAUGGCUAUGGCCCCUCAUCAGUUGGGGCAUCACAGGGGACUCCUAGUGUGAACAGCCUCCAGGACCUGGAGAGGGAGGCCAGUUCCCCACCAGUAAACCCAACCAGGGAGCUUCUCCUGAGCGUAGAACAGACUGGGUUGGGUAACCCUAAUGAACUAGUCAGUCCCUCGCAGGUCACUUCUCCCAUGCCAUCAUUCAGUUUCCAGCCCCUCAGCAGCCCAGAUGGACCAGUCAUCAUUCAGAACCUCCGCAUCACUGGUACCAUCACAGCUAAGGAACACAGAGGCACUGGCUCACACCCCUACACAUUAUACACUAUCAAAUAUGAGACAGCAAUGGGUUUUGAGAGCCCAGGAAGCAUCCAGUCCGGCUCUGAUUAUGCCGAAGUCGUACAGACAACUUGUGAGAAUCCCUCUCACAUUCAGCCGGUAGCCUAUCACAUGGUCAACAGACGAUACAGCGAGUUCCUCAACCUGCAAACACGGCUGGAAGAGAAAACUGACCUAAGGAAACUUGUCAAAGGUGUAAAAGGUCCAAGGAAAAUAUUUCCAGACAUGCCAUUUGGGAACAUGGACAGUGACAAGAUUGAGGCCCGGAAAGGACUGCUAGAAACCUUUUUGAAGCAACUCUGUGCCAUCCCUGAAAUAGCCAAUAGUGAGGAGAUGCAGGAGUUUCUGGCUCUCAAUACAGACGCCAGGAUUGCCUUUGUCAAGAAACCUUUCAUUGUGUCACGCAUAGACAAGAUUGUGGUGAAUGCCAUUGUGGACACCCUGAAGACAGCCUUUCCUCGUUCAGAGCCUCAAAGCCCCACAGAGGAUAACGAAGCAGAGGUGGAUGGUUGGAAAAUAAGUUUGGACAAGAAGAGCAAGUCUCGUCUGAAGUUCAGUAGUAAAAACAGUCCCUCUAUGAACGGCUCUGACAUAAGACCACCAGUUUUGUUCAGUUGGGAGCAAACCAGCACAGUUUUCAGCAGGAUGUCCUUGGGAGAUUUGCAAGCCUUUAUCACUGAACAAGAAAAACUGUGCAUCAGAGUUGAGUCGGAGAGGGAGGAGAGCGCAGUGGUCCGAGAAUUCAGAGGCUACCUGGAUGACAGCUUGAGAGGAAAGCAGAGUCAGGAGCGUGCCUCUGAGAUGGCGCUGGCUGAGGUGGCUCUGGACAUCCUGUGUCUGCUGAUGAAGGAGCAGUGGAGCUGGCUGUGCACUGAAAACGUUCAGAGGACCAUCAGGCUGCUGUUUGGGACCUUUAUUAACAGGUGGCUAGAUGUGAGCGUAGCCAACCUGACAUCCACAAGUUUCUGGGUGUUCUACCUGCAGGUCAUACAGGAGGCUGUAUGGCCUGGUGGAGCUCUGCCUACGUCCCCUCAACUUGAACGCAGCCAGCAGCAGAAGGACAGCACCAGACAACAAGCCCUACACUGUCUGAUGAGACUCUUACCAGAUCUGGUCUCAGACAUGUUGGGACAAGACAAGUACAAACUUAGCUGGCAGACGGCACUGGACUCUCUUCAAGACCCCUACAUUAACAGACACCUGGUCUACUGUAUAUUUGACCUUCUGCUGGAGUUCCUGGUUCCUGAAAUACCUGAGGAGGACUUCCAGAGGAGGCUGCUGCAGACCCUCUCUAAAAACCCUGAGAAGUUGCUGGCAUGAGGAGACGACCCACAAGAACACCUGCUAACCCAGCUUUCAAUUUUCAUCAAGCUGACUCGUCAUUCAGUUCAGAUGAGAUGCUGAAAAGCAGCGUGACGUCGAGGAUGCUCCUGUUCUGCUAACGUUCUGUGAUCACAGUGUGAGUGAAUAUUUCUGGUAAGACUGAAUUUCCUCUGUCCCCACUUUAAUCUCCCGAGGUCCGUCUGCUCUGUCUCUAAUUAUGUACUGAUGUACGGACAUGAGUGUCUUGAGCACAGUGUCCUGUAUACGAACACACAUGUUUGAGGAAGCAUUAAUUACACGAGAGCACCUGGUUUGUGUUUGAUCGAAUGUGCCUGACGUGCGAUCCAAACAUGUGGCAAAGCCUUGUCCGUUGUCUACGUCCAGCUUUGACUAAACUCACUACAGAUGGUUUUCACACUCUGUCCUCAUCCCCUCCCACCGUCUCUGGGAACAAGACCUCGCACCUCUGUCUCUCAUCUAGUGAAGCAGGAUUUAUCACCCCAAGAUUUAGCUGUUGACCAGUUUCAUUCGUCAGUGUCCUGCUGGCGCUGUAUAUACCCAAUCCUGAUUCUGACACAAUAUACGUCCUCGUGAGGGGAGCAUAGGUCUCUUGCAGUGAUUUUAAACCUGCAACUAUCCGAAUGUAGGAAAAGUACAUGUGAGUUGGGAUGAAGAGUUGUCCAUAAGGUAUUUUACUGGCUUUCCAGGUAGGUUCUUUUAAUAAGUUCCACGGUGCAGUUAAUGUCUAAAUAAUAAGAGAGUCGAGCCUCACAAAAGCAGGUAUACGAAGGACGUCUGCUGUUGGCAGAGGUCCAGUCAAUAACUUUUUUGUAGGCUACUGUAAAACAGUGAGCUGGCAGGCUGGUUAACCACAGGUCUUUAAGCGUAAAUUACAUAGAAGCAUAUUCUCUUGUGCAAUGAAGAAAAACCAACAUCAAUUGUCUUGGAAAGACGUUGGGUCACCAUGUGCCACCAGAACAGCUUCAGUGAGUCUCUGAACUCUACUGGAAGGAAGAUUUCCAUUCUUCCCAAAGAUAUUUCCUCAUCUGGUGUUUUGAUGAUGAUGAUGGUGGUGGUGGAGGGAUCUGUCAAACAUGCUGGUCCAGAAUCUACUCUUUGGUGUUUAACUGGGUUGAAAUCCGGUGACUCUGAGGGCCAUAGCUUAUGAUUCACAACAUUUUUAUACUCUGAUACAUAGGCUGUCUAUAAAGAUGGACGACACGUCUCCAUUAUCCAGAAGUGAAGCCAAAAUAUCUCGGAUAUGAGCAGUGUUAGUGGGGUCCUGUCAAUUUCCAUGCUCGACUAAUCGCGAGUCAGUCUCAAUUGUUAAUCAUGACAUAUCACCCUGUUAUUAAUCAUCAAAUAACGAAUAUAAACCAAACUUGUCAGAAACAUGAGUCAGUGUAAUAAGAACUACUUAAAAUGACAGAAUCCAUUUUUGAGAAAACUUUAUUGGACUUGUACUUUGACCUUUUAGUUUGGUCCAUGUCCACUCGGUGGGAAUUGAGAUGCUUUGGCUUCACUUCUUCAGAGCAGUCCUUCCGUCCAUUUUUGAUAUACAGUCAAUGCUCAGACUAUUCAGUGAUGUGUUGUCAUCCUGUUCUUUAAAAUAACAGCGUCUGAUCAUUGGUACUAACUCACUUAUUCUUACUCAUUCUGUUGAUUAUCAAAGUAAAGGCAGGAUAUGAAUGAGGUGUGAGACAGUCAGCAGAUAAUCAUGAUCAUAGAUUGUAAAUAAAGAAAGAUGACAUGUUUUCAUUCCCCCCAAUUGGCCUAAAUAAUAUCCUGGAUUUCCACUUAACAAGCCCCAGAUCUGUUUGAUGCCCAUAUGAGCCCGAAGGUCGUCUGAGCCCGAACCCUCGUCCUUCAGUCACCUUAGGAACCAUCUGAAGAGGGUUUUAGUGGCGUCACCACACAAUCUGCAGUCACUGUAAACAAACUUUUGAAGGUUUUCAUAUUUGUGAAAAUUGCCUUAUUAUCUUAUUGCCUUAUUUGUGGUCAGUGCCACUUGGAUAAAGAAUGAACAGAAAACGUUGUGACCUUAAUAUUGUCACAUACACACACAAAAUGAUGUAGUACAGAGUACAUCAACAUUUUCUGCCAACAUUCUUUUUGUUCCAAAAUGUUAAGACAGUUAAGUCAUGUGAAAUGUUUCAUUCUGUCUUUUGUGGUGAAAAACAAGGCCAUAUUUUAAUGCUACGAUCAUUCCAUUGUUUUUUGCACUUAAACCCGCAUCCUCGUCUUAAAUUCCUUUGUUUCUUUCCAUUGUGUUUACUUGUGAUUCAGUGUAUUUAUUAACCUAUUUAUGUGUUUGAAAUAUGACAUAAUGUCUUAUUCUGAAUUCCAACCAUAAAAGAAGGAGUGAGCUGCUGACGGAGAGGGGCCCCCUGCAGUAUUGUGAAGUGCUUUUUACCCCCUGGGUUUUGCCUUACAGGCAGAUUGAUGGGAGUUUGGUUUGGUGUGUCCUGCAGGUGUGCAGCUGCAGAGUGACAAGCAGCCCCUUGUAGCUCCCUGUGGUGAACCUGUUUACUGUUCUUUUUAUGUGAGCGACUGUGCUGAACGUUGAAGCGUUACAGUUGUAUGUUACAGUUGUAUGUUACAGUUGUUGUAUGUUACAGUUGUAUGUUACAGUUGUUGUAUGUUACAGAAUGCUGCGGAGGGUCGUACAUUUGCUUUCUCAUUCUGUCUGAUGAAGGAAUUCCAUGUAUGUUGUUAUGAUUAAACUGCAAAUUGCCACAGAACAUGAUCACAUUGCUUCAUACAACUGGCACAGAGACAGAAACUUACCUGCUCAGUGUAUCACUGCUUUAACAACACCUUUUAAUAUUAUCUUAUCUUGAUUUUCAUCAUAGUGGUCAUAUAAAUCUGCACAAAACAAUCUGAAAGUAGUUCACGACAAUGGUACUGUACAAAAAAAACAUCCUGCCUGUUGGCUACUGUGUGUUGCAUAGACUGGAUAUUUUAAUCAUAACAAUGUGCAACAACUUAUGUUUAUAACAAGAAAAGUCUGUAUAAUAUUAGAACAGGGAACUUUGGGGGGUUUUUGUUUGUGUAAAGCCAACUGUUUUGUUAUGUGAUCAUUUCAUAUGUAGCUACAACGGCAAGAGAAACGAUUGUUAAAAGGAUCAUGUCAAAGCAUCGUCAUCAUAAAACCCAAGUAAAAAGAGAUCAGUGUUUGUCAUGUGGUGGCUGCUGUACUUUCCUCCUUCAAUCAGUAGAUGGUAGAUGUUUGACUCCUAAUAGAAAAAUGCACAGUGCUGUUUGCUAUUAGAACUUCACAUAUUUAUAUUAAAUGUUACGUAGAACAGCAGAGUUUAGUCUUUCAUAGUAAUGUGUGAUAAUGAUUAACUGUUAUUUCCGUUCUCCUCUGCACUGGUUUUCACGUUUGUGUCUUGUUGUCUGUUAUCAGACUUUUGAACAUGUGGUUGUGUUAAUAUUAACGCUGUGAUCCCUCUCGCCUUUUUCCUCUCACCGAUUGUGUCACAGUCUUUUAAAACGCUUGCUAGUGGUUCCUGAAUAUAUAUUUGCCAACACAAUAAAGUUACCAAACAUGAUUUAUUAAAACAUCCAA